AUGACAGGUAAGGUUCCGGACGCAGAAUGCGCUGUCACAAUUAGGGCUCCGCAAUGUACCAAAAAGGUCCUAGACCCCCCACCACACAUACGCCCUGUAGACAGCAACAGUGGCGCUCGCGGCGAAGAGUCUCCGCUGUUGGCGCAGAGCAUGGCAUCGACGGGCGCAUCCGGCGGGUACAUUCUGCCUGCACCAGCGCGGGCAAGACAGUCACCGCGUUUUGCAGCGGCGAACCAGGGGCUGCGGUGGAACGGCAGUGUGCUGAGCAAGCGGUGGUGGUCGCGGCGGAUCCGCUACUAUGUGCCCAUCGUCGGAUGGCUGCCCAACUACAAGAUCGCAAAUCUGGCAAUAGAUGUAAAGGCCGGAUUCAUGGUCGCCUGCUUGCUGGUGCCGCAGGCUUUGUCUUAUAGCUCUCUGACGCACUUGCCACCAGUCAGCGGGCUGUACACUGCUUUGGUACCGGCGCUGAUCUAUGGCAUGCUGGGCACGUCGCGGCACUUGUCAAUGGGGCCGGAGGCGCUGGUAUCGGUGCUGACAGGUAUGGUGGUGAAGAACCAGCUCAAGCACCUGUAUUCGGCAUAUAAGCCGCAUGCACCGCCCGAGAGCGCGGUGGAUGAGUUUGCGGUAGCUGUGGCCAGUGUGGUGGCCCUAGCAUCGGGCAUAUUCACGUUUGCAUUGGGCAUGUUCCGGUUUGGCUUUCUGGACUCGAUGAUCUCGGAGUCAUCGUUGCGCGGGUUUAUUAGCGGAGCGGCCAUUGUUGUGCUGAUCGGCCAGAUGCGCAUUGUGCUUGGGCUGCCCGCGCCCAGCGCCGUGCACUCGACGCCUUGGCACGAUCUGAAAUAUAUGCUGUCACAUUUGGGCCAGACGCAUGUCGCCACAGCGUUGAUUUCGCUGGGCGCACUGAUGUUCCUGCGGUUCUUGCGGGUGACCAAGAAGCAAUGCAAGAGCGCACAGUGGCUGCAGAACGUGCCUGAUACCCUGGCAGACUACGAGGUAUCGGUGUUUGGUACGGUUGAUGGCGAGCUGCCGAGCUUUGCAAUCCCACAGAUUCCACAGUACGUUGACGCCAAGGAUGUGAUUUCAUCGGGAAUCACCAUUACUAUGAUCGGUGUUGUUGAGUCGGUUAUUGUUGCCCGCGAGUACGCAAGCCGCAACCACUAUGCAGUGUCGUCGAAUCGCGAGCUGGUUGCCUUGGGCGUGUCGAAUAUCUUGGGGUCGGCGUUCGGUGCGUACCCGGCGUUCGGCUCGCUGGCCAGAAGCAAGCUCAAUGACCGCGCCAAGGCACGCAGCCAGGUGUCUGGCAUUGUCGCAGCACUCCUGGUGCUGGUUUCGCUGCUUGGGCUGCUUCCGUAUCUGUAUCAUCUGCCGCUGGGUGUCUUGGCCGCAAUCAUUGUCGAUGCGGUGAUCUCGCUGCUAACCGCUACUCCGCGUGCGAUCGUGUUCCUGACGCGCGUGCAGGCGUGGGCAGAUCUGUUCCUUUUGGUGUUUAUCUGCGUGUGCAGCGUGGUUGCGUCGGUCGAGGCUGGCAUUCUGCUGGCGGUGGUCAUCUCUUUGGUGAUGGUGAUUAAGCGCUCCAAUAUGCCCAAGAUCAAGCUGCUAGGCCGGUCGACCAGCAGCUGCGAGUUCCGGCCAAUUGACAGUGCAUCGGCGGUGGCCACGCCGCGUCGCCACGACUCGUCUGCGGAUAUCACUGGCCAGGCACCCCACGAUGUCGAAUUUGACGAGGACGACGAAAGCUACGAGGACGACGCACGUGUCGAGCACGUCGAAGGUGUGCUUAUAGUGCGUGUCGAAGAGCCCCUGUACUUUGCCAAUGCUGGUCAGCUCAACGCCAGAUUGAACCGCUUGGAGCUGUACGGCGACAUGCGCGUGCAUCCCUCGGAGGAUCCGCGGAUGAAGCCUACGCGCGCCGUGAUCUUUGACGCAGUGGGCAUGUCGGAUAUCGACGGCAGCGCUCUGGAGAUUCUGCUGAGCAUUAUUGCCGAGUACGGCCAGCGCCAGGUGCGCGUCGCCUUUGUCCGGGUGUGUCCGCAUGUGCGGGUUCUGUUUGAGCGGGCCCGCAUGGAGCAGAAGGUGGGAGGCACGUACGAGUUUGACGAUAUCAACGAGGCAUUAGCAUAUAUGGAGGACCACAUUGCAGGGCCCAACUAGUAUUGACAAUUAAAUAUAUAUAGAC